CAGCUCUGACACACAACCCUCUGUGAAUUUUGGACUAAUCACAUCUCGUCUUUCAACACCAGUAAAGCAGUAAGUUGUGGCAGUCUGGUUCGUAUCACCUUCAGUCUACCAGCGCAACAACCCUGUCCUCAAUGCGACUGACACGGUCUAUGUACACAGAAAAUGUCCGGAAAGUGACUCUAGAGGACGGCAGGACUGUCCGGAGUUUCGCACUGGAUUCAGUUGGAGUUUUCUGACCGGCAAACCCGAGUCUCCUGCGCCGUAUCCGCAGCAUUAGGCCUCAUGGAGCUGGGAACUCGACGCCUGCUCUGCACGAGGGAGCUUGAUCCAUGCCCGGUUCCCAGCAAACAACCAUAAAGGGUGGGAACCUUAAUUGUCCCUCAGUUCCUUUUUCCUAUCCCUCCCCCAGUUGCCCCUGUGGUGAUAUUGUCCUCUAGUGUCUGUGGCCUGUAACAUGUUUGGCAAGCUGAAACAGAACUUGCUGGUGGCCUGUCUGGUCAUCAGCUCGGUCACGGUCUUCUACCUGGGCCGCCAUGCCAUGGAGUGCCACCAUCGCAUUGAGGAGCGCAGCCAGCUGGGUGGAAUCCUGCCUCUGUCAGCACUGGGAGGCAGCAUGCGGACCACUUCACGAGCAGGCCAGAAUCUCAGCACACCUUUUGUUUACAACAAAGACAUGCCACUCAUCUUCAUUGGUGGUGUGCCCCGCAGUGGGACUACGCUAAUGCGAGCAAUGCUUGAUGCCCACCCAGAGGUACGCUGUGGUGAGGAAACCCGCGUAAUCCCACGUAUCCUCGCCAUGAAGCAGAUGUGGAGCCGCUCUGGCCGGGAGAAGAUGCGCCUGGACGAGGCAGGUGUGACAGAUGAGGUGCUGGACGCCGCCAUGCAGGCUUUCCUGCUGGAAAUCAUCGUCAAACAUGGUGAGCCUGCCAACUUCCUGUGCAACAAGGACCCUUUUGCGCUGAAGUCGCUCUCCUACCUGGCCAGAAUCUUUCCCCAUGCAAAGUUUGUACUCAUGAUACGUGAUGGGCGGGCUUCAGUCCACUCCAUGAUCUCACGGAAGGUGACCAUUGCUGGCUUUGAUUUGGGCAGCUACCGGGACUGCCUAACCAAGUGGAAUCGGGCCAUAGAGACCAUGUACACUCAGUGCCUGGAGGCGGCUGAUAAAUGCCUUCCAGUGCACUAUGAACAGUUGGUCCUCCAUCCUGAGAAAUGGAUGAGGACACUGCUGAAAUUCCUUGACAUUCCUUGGAAUGAUGCUGUCCUCCACCACGAGGAGCUCAUUGGGAAAGCUGGUGGAGUGUCCCUCUCCAAGGUGGAGAGGUCCACGGAUCAGGUCAUCAAGCCCGUCAAUGUGGAGGCAUUGUCAAAGUGGGUGGGGAAGAUCCCAGCCGACGUGGUGAGGGACAUGGCUGUCAUUGCCCCAAUGCUGUCCAGGCUUGGGUACGAUCCCCACGCAAACCCUCCCAACUAUGGCCGGCCUGACCCCAAAGUCCUGGACAACACCAGAAGGGUCUUUAAAGGUGAAUUUCAGCUACCAGAUUUCCUAAAAGAACAAUCACAGAUCCAGAAGUCUGCAGAGAGACCCAAACCUAGUUAGGAGCAGAGGGAGUGCCAUCACCUAAACACACAGUACAGGACUUGGUGCAGUACAACAGAAAAUCAUGGACAUCGUCUCAGCCACCUCGCCAUCUGUGUUGGGUCUCAGCACGUUUCAAAGGUCACAUGACCACAGUAGGACUGUCUCCUCUACCAAUAAUCAUCUAUGGAGAAUUCUUGGCCUUUGAUAUUGUACUGUACAAAAAUAUAAGUUCUCACAAGCACAGAAAGUCUGCUGAUUGUUAUUUUGGUUUCACAUCACACUCAUUGAUUUUUAGAAGUGAUAUCUGGCUAUUUAGAAAAAAACUUUGUGAUCCUGUUUUAAGAAACUGCAGUGAACUGAAAUCACAAGCCAAUAGCCACAAGUAUUUAUGAAUGGAAAAUUAGCUUUUGGAAGAAGCAAUACCUAUUUUACAGUUUCUUUUUUUUCAUGUUUUUGUAUUGUGCAAUGUCAUGGGUACUGAUCAGUUUGAAGUAUCAACCGUGAUAAAUAAUGCUUUUUUUUUUUUAAAAACCUGUUGUCAGUCUGUUUUUCUUUUCUUUUUGAAGAAGGGGAAUUUGGCAACAUUCAACCAAAUAUAAUCAAGGAUGUAAAGGACAGUGAUGGGAGAAGGGACUCAACACUGAAAUUGAAUAUAAAAUUCAAGGUGAAAAUAUUUCAGUAAGCACGAGGUACUGAUAAUUGCAGUUCAAGUUCAAAACACUUUUUGAUCCUUGACAGAGGUAAAAACAUGUGAAUGUUGCUAAGAAGUGGCAUUCUUCUUUGCAUGAACAAGGCUGGAUUACCAACCUGGCAAAGGAGGCAACCAAAACCACCAAGUUCAGUGUGUCAAGAGGUUGUGUGGAAUUUGCACCAGUGAAGUACACUAUCAGCUAAAUCUCACAUCAAGUAAGAGGGGUCCUGCAUCGUUUCCUGAUGUUGUGGCCUGUGUUGUAGAGGAGCACUGUGUCCAAACCUUUAAUUCAACUUUAUUUUAUACUGUGGUAUUUACUGUAUUCUUAAAUAAAGUUGUGUUUAAUCAAACUGGCUCAAACUAAGUGACAGAGGAAACUUAUGGCCAGAUAGUUAUUCUAGCAUACUGUUAGUAGAUUUAAGGUAUCUGGGCGAAUAAUCCUGCCAUGUGUCCUGUGUGCACUUGAAGGGAACUACCCUGAUGAUGUUUGAAAAGCCCAGAAGGUGGUUAACGACACUUUCCACUAUUCCAAAGGUAUUUCCAGAAUUCUAAAAGACUUUAAUAACCAAUUGGAUGAAAAAUAGUUUGUCUGCUGCAUGAAAAAACAUUUUCAACCUGUUUACCAAGUUACAAUUAUUUACUAUUUCCUAUUCAAGUAGCAUGAAGUAUCCUUUUGUAUAACGCAAAUGAAGUAACGCAUUGUAACAUUGUAUCAAAAUAUAUAUUAAUGAAUCAGAUAAAACAUUUUAAAUGUUGGCUCAGCCUAUGCAAAAUGAGUAAGACUAUACAUUGAUCAGCCAUAACACCAGUUACCAGU